UAAUAAAAUUAAUAAAAAAUAAAACUGUUAGUUGAAAGCGUUGAAAGUUUCUAGGUAGUGUUUCUAGUUUUUAUAAUUUUCGAAAAUGCCAACUGCUCCUGAGAUUAUAAAGUGCUACAAGCACAUAGACGCUAAUCAAAAAAAGUACGUGGAAGAAUUGAGAGAAAUUGUUCGAAUUCCCAAUGUGAGUUCAAAUCGUAAAGCCGAAAAGCAAAUGUCAACUUUAAUUCACUGGUUAGAAAAUCGAUUGAAGAAACUUGGUUUCUCUGUUUCACUGAAGAAUAUCGGGAAUUAUGGAAAUCACGAAAAAACCGAAGAAGUGAAAAUUCCAUUUCUUUUGCUCGGAACUUUUGGCAAUGAUUCUAACAAAAAGACGCUAUUUUAUUACUGUCACUUGGAUGUUUCAAAAGUCGAACUGGAAAAAUGGACAUCGAAUCCUUUCGAACUGACCGAAAGGGACGGAAAAUUAUUCGGUCGAGGAACUGCGAAAAUGAAAGGACCUCUUUUGUGCUUUCUACACGCCAUCGAAUGCUUCAAGGAAUUGCAAAUUAAAUUGCCAAUUAAUAUCAAAAUUUUAUGCGAAUCGAUGCACGAGUGUGGCAGUAAAUCGAUUCCCGAGAGUUUGCAAGAUUUGAAGAAAAGUUUCUUGACGAACAUAGAUUGUAUUUUAUUGAACGAGGGCAAAUGGUUGGGAAAAAAUUAUCCCUGCAUUAUGUACGGCUUUCGUGGAGUUUGUUACUUUGACAUAACAAUAGACGGACCAUUGAAAAAUUUCCACAGUGGCGAUUACGGUGGAAUGAUAUACGAACCAAUGGACGAUUUAAUUUUUAUUCUCAAUAAUCUCGUCGAUUCAGCGGGUCGUAUUUUAGUGCCGAAUUUUUAUAAAAACGUAAUGUCCGUUACACCCGAGGAAGAAGAAAUUUAUCACAAGAUAAAAAUUAAUUUCCACGAUUAUAAGAAAACUUCAGGUAUUGCAAAUUUUAUCCACAACGAAAAAGUGACUCCAACUUUAAUGAACACUUGGCGGCAUCCUUCGUUUAAUUUACAUUUUAUCGACUCGUCAAUUAAAUGCGAUCCGAAAAUUCAAUUAGCGAUACCGAAGAAAGUUAAUGCCAGAUUUUCUAUAUGCAUUGUUCCUUAUCAAACACACGAACAAGUUUCUGCUUUGGUAAUGGAAUAUAUAAAAAAAAUUCUUCAUCCCCGAUGUACACCUAAUAAUGUAAAUGUAAAAGUUCAUGAUACUUUGGAUCCAUGGUCAGAAGACUAUUCACAUUGGAAUUAUAAGGCGGCAAAAACAGCCGCAAAACAAGUUUUUAAGGACGAGGCGAAUUUGAUACGCGAUGGACAAGGCUUUCCGAUUGUUUUGCACUUGAGGAAAAUAUUUCCUAGAAAAAAUAUUCUCGUAUUACCUUUGGCAAAUGACGAUGCUAAUAUUCAUUCGGAGGAUGAGAACAUAUCGUUGAAAAAUUACAUCGAAGGAACAAAAGUGCUUGCUAAUUAUUUCUAUCAAUUGAGUCAAGUUUGA